AUGUCACUUGUGUCAUUAGUAUUUUGCCCCUUGCCUUUGUCAAAGCUCAAAAGACGAAGGCAUACUUCAAGCGGUUUCAGGUCAAGUUCAAGAGAAGGCGAGACAAACAAGGAUAUUAUUGCUCAGAUAACAUCUGCUAGCAUUGCUGGAGAUAACUUCCUUGCUGCUGCAUAUGCCCAUGAGUUGCCUCGCUAUGGGCUUGAAGUAGGUCUCACAAAUUAUGCUGCAGCUUAUUGUACUGGACUUCUAUUGGCCUGUCGCGUCCUGAAAAUGCUUGAGAUGGAAGAGGAGUAUGAGGGCAAUGUGGAGGGAGCUUUGGAUGGUGGGUUAGAUAUUCCUCACAGUGAUAAGAGGUUUGCUGGUUUCUCAAAGGAUUCUAAGCAACUUGAUGCUGAGGUUCACCGCAAGUACAUCUAUGGAGGGCAUGUGGCUGCAUAUAUGAGGACUUUGAUGGAAGAUGAGCCAGAAAAAUAUCAGUCUCAUUUCAGUGAAUAUAUCAAGAAAGGAAUUGAUGCAGAUAGCAUUGAAGGGAUGUAUAAGAGAGUUCAUGCUGCCAUCCGUGCAGAUCCCACUCAAAAGAGGUCAGAGAAACAGCCACCAAAGGAGCAUAAGAGGUUCAACUUGAAGAGACUCACUUAUGAAGAAAGGAAAGCUAAGCUGAUUGAACGACUGAAUGCCCUCAAUGCUGCUGUGGGGCUGAUGAUGACGAGGAUGAGGAUGACGAGUGAAGUAAUUUGUGCAGCAUAUGAGCAGAAUGUCUUUUUGUUGUUUUAG